GAUGUAUUACAAUUCGAUGUGGGUUAAUAUUUUAACACCACUACUGGAUUAUCAUCACGCUCAACUUGUUUGUAAUUAUCUAGGCUACAAACAAGGAACGUAUCAAAUAGUUAACGAUAUUCAAUUAUUUUUUGAUAGUCCGUUAAGUCUUUUUUGUCAAUCUAAUGAAACAAAUUUAAUCGAAUGUAAGUUCAUCCGAAUUGCAAAGAAAAAGGGAUUUAUUAGUCCAAAACUUAUGAUACAAUGCCAUAAAGAAAGAAUUCUAUCAGAUUGUAAUAAAAUUGAUGGAAGAAAAUUAACUUUUGAUGAAAAAUGCUUCGAGAUUAUAAGCUUUCAAACUCUUCUUACUUAUCAACAGGCUAAAGAAUAUUGUUGGAAGAAAAAUCUUACUCUAUUUAGUCCAAGUACUUUCAAGUUUAAACUUUUCGUUUUAUUAGCAUCGUAUAAAGAAUUGAAUGAUGGAGAAUAUGUUUAUUUCGUUGAACCGUACGAAAAAUUAGUAUCAAAAUUAAAGAUUAUCAAAGAUAAAAAUGAAAGAGAUAUUCAAGUUACGUCUGAGAAUAUUCCGUACGAAAUUAUUGGGUUAUGGUCAACAAGAAAUGUUAUCAAAGGUUUAAAAUAUGAGAGAGGAUGCUACAAUUUUAUCAAGAGAUCUCAAAGAGAUUUAAUAUUUUGGAACAGUAAAUCGAAAUGCGGUAUACUCGACGUAGACGGAAUCAAAUCAAUAGACUGCAACGUACCCUUUUUUCAAAAUAUCGUCUGCGAAACAAAAUUUGAAUUUAACAAAUUAGAAUUUCCUACUUUUCCAAAUAUGGAAAUAAAAUCAAAUUUUUGUUCUAAAAAUACAUUUUUCUGUAAGUUGGAUAAAAUUUGUAUUAACUAUUUAUUUGUAUGCGACAAAGUUGUGGAUUGUCCCGAUGGAACUGAUGAACAUGAUUGCUCUUAUAAUCAUCAAUUUCAAUGCUCUUCUAAUCAUUUCAUUAGUGUAAAUCUUGUUUGCGAUCACGUGAGUCAUUGUCCCGACGAUAGUGAUGAAAUAUUUCAAUGCGAAACUAAAGAAAAAUUUCAAUGCAAAGAUGGUAGAUGUAUAGAUAAAUCUUUAAUAUGCGAUAAUGAAAAAAACUGUAUGGAUAAUACUGACGAAAUUUGUAAAGAUUGUACAAAAUAUUGCGAUGGAGAUUGCAUUAACGAUGAGAUUAUUUGCGAUUUUAAAUCGGAUUGCGUUAAUUUUCAAUUCGACGACGAAGAUCCGAAAAGUUGUAAAGAAAUUCUAGAGAAACGUCUAAUAAAUACAACAUACGAACGUUAUUUUUCACACGAGUAA